UGUUUCCAACAAAAACAAACUGCUUCUCCUUGGCAACAUUUGGAAUCAAGUUUCGAAUAGCAACACGUUCACCACGUAAUUGUAAUUGAAAUUGUAUCGCUUUGAUGGCCUCAAAACAAACUGUUAUUCACUGGUUUCGGAAAGGACUCCGUGUACAUGACAAUCCAGCCCUUGCAACCGCCGUCCAACGCAUUUCCGAUGCCCCAGCAGACCUAGUGCUUCGACCAGUAUUUAUUCUCGAUCCAGCUAUCCGCAAGUGGCUCAGAAUAGGCGCAAACCGAUGGCGAUUCUUGCAGCAAUCACUAGAGGAUUUAGAUAAAAGUCUCCGGAAGAUUAAUAGCAGAUUGUACGUUGUCAGAGGAGAUCCUACCAAAGUUUUUCCACUACUAUUCCAAGAGUGGAACGCUUGUUUGCUUACCUACGAGUAUGAUAUAGAACCCUAUGCAGUUAAGCGAGAUGCGAUGGUACAGAAAUUCGCAAAUGAAUAUCACGUUGAAGUGUUGGUAGAAAAAUCUCAUACCAUUUUUGACCCAAACGAAAUUCUGAGCAAAAACGGAGGAAAAGUGCCAUUGACCUACCAGAAAUACGGUAGCCUAGCAUCAACGUGUAAACAGCCGAACCCAGUGAACGUUCCUUGCAAAUUGCCCGGCGGAUGCCACCCAAAACAGGAUAAAUCGGAAAGAAAAGAUUCACAAUGCUAUGAUGUUCCAGAUCUGGAAGCGUUGGGUGUACAACAGAGCGAAUUGGGUGAAUGUAAGUUUCCCGGUGGAGAGACGGAAGGUCUUAGGCGUCUUCGAGAGUAUAUGAAACGGAAAACAUGGGUUUGCUCGUUUGAGAAACCGAAAACUUCUCCCAACUCUCUCGAACCAAGCACAACGGUACUUAGUCCGUAUUUAAAAUUUGGCUGCCUAAGUUCCAGACUAUUCAUGAGCGAGCUGAACAAAGUUUUGAAAGGCCAAAAGCAUUCUCAACCGCCGGUGUCACUGGUAGGACAGUUGAUGUGGCGUGAAUUUUACUAUUGUGCUGCAGCAGCCGAACCAAAUUUUGACAAAAUGGUCGGAAAUAAAAUUUGCCUUCAAAUUCCUUGGAUAACCAACAAAGUUCACUUGGAAGCUUGGACCUAUGGGCGGACAGGUUAUCCUUUUAUCGAUGCUAUAAUGCGUCAACUGCGUCAAGAAGGAUGGAUCCAUCAUCUGGCCCGCCACGCAGUGGCUUGCUUUCUGACGCGGGGAGACUUGUGGAUUUCUUGGGAGGAAGGGCAACGAGUUUUUGAAGAACUUUUACUAGAUGCCGAUUGGGCUUUGAACGCCGGUAAUUGGAUGUGGCUUUCGGCGUCCGCCUUUUUCCAUCAGUAUUUUCGUGUGUACAGUCCGGUGGCGUUCGGCAAAAAGACCGACCCGGAGGGUCGAUAUAUUAGGAAGUACGUUCCCGAGUUAGCUAAAUUUCCUCCAGGAAUUAUUUACGAACCCUGGAAGGCAAGCCCGGAAACACAAGCAAAGCUGCGAUGUGUUAUCGGAAAAGAUUACCCGAAUCGAAUAGUAAUUCACGAAGAGAUUUCCAAGCAAAAUAUUCGGAAAAUGACGGAGGCGUAUCGGCGCGGUAAGGAAGUAACAGGUAAUGACGAAAAAGAAGCAAAACCAUCCACAAGCAAGCGUCAACCAGACAAAUCACCAGAAUUGCCUCCGAAAAAAAUGAAACGUGAAAACACAAUAGACAGAUUUUUGAAAAGGUAGUACUGAUCCAAAAUUAUCAGUUAAUUGUUGUUUGUUGAUAUGUUCCACAAUAAAAUGUUGAUGUUUCACAUUAUAAUGAA